AUGCGCUACAACGAGAAGGAGUUGCAGGCGCUCCGGCAGCCGGCCGAGCUGGCGGCCGAGCUCGGCAUGCGGGGCCCCAAGAAAGGCAGCGUGCUGAAGCGGCGACUGGUGAAGCUGGUGGUCAACUUCCUUUUCUACUUUCGGACGGACGAGGCCGAGCCCGUCGGAGCCCUAUUGCUGGAGCACUGCAGAGUCACCCAGGAAGAGCCCAGCGGCUUCUCUAUCAGCUUCAUCGAGGAUCCGGAGAGGAAGUAUCACUUUGAGUGCCGCAGUGAGGAACAGUGUCAGGAGUGGAUGGGGGCUCUGCGUCGAGCCAGCUACGAGUUCAUGCGGAGAAGCCUUAUAUUCUACAGAAAUGAGAUCCAGAAAAUGACCGGCAAGGACCCCCUGGAGCAGUUUGGCAUCUCCGAGGAGGCCAGGUUCCAGCUGGGUGGCUUGAAGGCCUGAGUGUGCGGUGGGGCUUUUCAGCUUUUCUACUGGGGCUGGAAGAGCCCUCCCCAUCCUCACCAGGCCCUGGGGUUCCUGGCCAAGCCUGGAUUUGCUGCAGCAGACUUCAGAAACCCAAGACUGGUGGAGGUGGGCGGGGGCAGGUUGGAGAGACAACCCAGUGACCCCACCCCCACCCCCACCCUGGUGCCUCAGGCCCACCCCCUGACUCCCAGACUGGUCUGGCACCUGCUGGUGCCACAUGCUGCUACCGGGGGAUGAGUGUCCCCUCCCAGGAGCUGUGCCCAGCCCUUGGGUGUAUCCAUCUGGGGCCUGAAGCGCCCAAGGCUGGUGCAGCCCUGCUUCCCUGUGCAGGCUGAAUGUACGAAGCUAGAUGAUGCUGUGAAGGGCGUGGGGGCCGGGCCUCCUGGAGCCACUGUGAAUUCUACUCCUGCCGACGACGGGCAAGCCCUGGCUGGGCGCCUCCGGGCGGGGAGCUGCGAGCAUUGACUCAGCCCAGCGUGCUUGUUCUGUUCAAAUAAAGGUACCUCUUUUCCACGUG